AAGAAAAGUCAACAAAUUGAUGCAAUGAAAGGUGUAUAAGGGACCCGCUUUUACUUUCUCUCCAAGACCUGAAACUGAAAGAACUUCGAUCUCACUUUACCCUUCAACUCCAACAAGCCCCAAUACAACCAAAACAUGGAAGGCUUCAUGGUGUACUCUUUUGUGCUACUUGUAAUCCUUUCUUUCAUCAGGCUUGCUCUCACGUUUUGGUGGAGACCAAAGAGCCUAGAGAAGCAUUUGAGGAGGCAAGGUAUCAGAGGCAAUUCUUACAAUCCUUUCCAUGGUGACAUGAAAGAAUUUGUCAAAUCUUGCAAGGGAGCAUGGUCCAAACCCAUGUCCUUGAAUCACCAGAUUGCUCCGCGUGUCUCUCCAUUCUAUCAUCAAAUGGUACAAACUUAUGGAAAAGUUUGUCUUAGUUGGGUUGGAACAAGUCCUAAAUUGAUAGUGGCAGACCCAGAAUUGAUGAGGUUAAUCUUAAAUGACAAGCAGGGUCAUUUUGUGAAGCCCCCACGAAACCCACUUGUGGAUCUUCUACAUCUUGGAGUCUCAUCUUUGGAAGGAGAAAAAUGGGCCAAAAGGAGACGCUUGAUUACACCGGCUUUUCAUUUUGACAAGUUAAAGGGGAUGGUACCUGAAUUUUCAGCCAGUUGUUGUGACUUAAUCAAUAGAUGGAACAAUAUAGUGGGUGAUAAAGGAUCGACCGAGCUAGACGUUGCACCAGAACUUCAAAAUCUUGCUGCAGAUGUUAUAUCUAGGACGGCAUUUGGCAGCAGCUAUGAGGAGGGGAAGGAAAUAUUUGAACUUCAGAAAGAGCAAGUCCGAUUAGUCGUUGAAGCACACUUUGGCUUUUAUUUCCCUGGCUACAGAUUUCUACCAACUAAAAAGAACAAUAGAAGAUACAAAAUAGACAGAGUGGUCAAAGCAACAUUACGGAAUCUGAUAUACAAGAAAGAACAUGCUAUGAAAAAUGGAGACACUAGUUGUGACUUACUAGGCUUGCUGUUGCAAUACAAAGACCAAUCUGAUGGUGGAAUGACCAUAGAAGAUGUGAUAGAGGAAUGUAAGCUGUUUUACUUUGCCGGGCAAGAAACCACCGCGAACUGGCUCACGUGGACGAUGAUUUUAUUAUCAAUGAAUCGUAACUGGCAAGAGAAAGCAAGGGAGGAGGUUUUGAACAUUUGUGGGAAGAAGACGCCUGGAAUUGAAGAUUUGAACCACCUCAAGAUUGUUUCAAUGAUACUACAUGAGGUACUAAGACUCUAUCCGCCAGUGACUCUGGCGAUUCGUUAUACUCAUCAGGAAACCAACAUAGGAGGAAUGUCAAUCCCAGCUGGUGUAGAAUUUCAAUUACCAAUGCUGUUUAUUCACCAUGAUCAUGAAUAUUGGGGACAAGAUGCUGAACAAUUUAGACCAGAGAGAUUCAGUGAAGGUGUGUCAAAGGCAUCGAAAGACAAUGCUUUCUAUCCGUUUGGCUGGGGACCCAGAAUUUGUUUAGGCCAAAAUUUUGCAAUGAUAGAAGCAAAGAUGGCUCUAGCAAUGAUUCUUCAAAAUUUCUCGUUCGAGCUCUCUCCGUUGUACGCUCAUGCUCCUUAUACUGUCAUAACUCUUCAACCCCAACAUGGAGCUCCUAUUAUCCUUCACCCACUCUGAGGUUUUGUAGUUAUAUAUGUGUGUGUAAUAAGGUUGGUUAACAUUGUAACUUCAUGUUAUUGAGGCAAUGUACUGCUAAUGUUUUGUUUGAUCAGAA